GCGGCCGGGCCGCGCUCCCGGGCCUGCCCGGGCCAGCCGAGCUGAGCCCGCGCUCCCUCCUUCCCUCUCCCGCAGCCGGUGAUGCCGGAUCAGCGCUUCCCCCGCCGUUCCUCUCCCUGCCGGGCGGCGGCGGGAGGCUGAGGGGUCCAGCCCUUGGGGCCGGGCCGCCCGCCGCGCAGCCAUGGUGCCCUGGGGAGCCGUGCUGUGGCGGCGGCUGCUGAGGAAGCGCUGGGUCCUCGGCAUCGUCUUCGGGCUCUCCCUCAUCUACUUCCUCACCAGCACCUUCAAGCAGGAAGAAAGGAUGGUGAGAGAUCGGAAUCUCCUCCAAGUGCAGGAGCAUGAGCAGCCGAUCAUGUGGAAGGUGAAGUUCAGUUCAGGAAACAGCAGUCAGCUGAGUAACCAGUGCAGGAAUUCUGUGCAGGGGAAGCUCCUCAUUACAGAUGAACUGGGCUACAUCUGUGAGAGGAAGGACCUCCUGGUAAAUGGUUGUUGUAAUGUCAACGUGCCCCGGACGAAGCUGUACAGCUGUGAAAGCUGCCUUCCCAAUGGCUGCUGCAGUGUCUAUGAGUACUGUGUCUCCUGUUGCCUGCAGCCCAGCAAGCAACAUCUUCUGGAACGUUUCUUGAACCGGGCAGCUAUUGCUUUCCAAAACCUCUUCAUGGCAGUGGAAGAUCGCUUUGAGUUGUGCCUGGCGAAAUGUAGGACUUCAUCACAGAGUGUGCAGCAUGAAAAUACCUAUAGAGAUCCAAUUGCAAAAUACUGCUAUGGUGAAUAUCCCCCAGAGCUGCUGCCUGUUUGAAAGCUGCAGGAUCAAAGCAACAAAGGAACUGGAGACUAGAAUCCAGAAGGGCAAGAUGACAGCUGCUGCUUUACAGGAGCCUCAGUGGAAAUGGCUAAUGUUGUUUCUGGGGACAAACCCAGAGGUGUACAGUGUAAAUGAGGGACUUAAGUUCUCUGGGAUUGAAUCUUGCUUUCUUCAGUUUUUUUUACAGCACCUGUUUUAGCGUACUGGUACUGUACUAGGGUACUGGUGCAUUCUUUGAAUACUUCCUCUAAAUUUUAGCAUGCAGAGUCAAUCUAGGCUAUAUAACAUCAGGAAAAGUACCUAAUAUAAGCUUUGCAGGGAGGUUCAGUUGUGUCUCUGCAAUCCAGAGACUUGGCAGAGUGACAGUAAUAAUUGGAGGACUUUUGCUUUUAGAGAGUAAAGCAUGCCUGUUGUGCUUCUCUCUUUGGAGGACUUCCUGACACACAUGGUGUACACUACAUAUGUAAUUAUCAAUUAUUUAUUCAUUUUAUAUGGUUUACUAGCUGAAAGUAUUGAUGCUUUGCAUAGCUGGUUGUUGAUGCCUUUCAGUCCCUGUUUUGUUAUGCCAGGUAGAAAGGAUAUUUUUGAUCCUGACUGAAACUGUGUUUUGUUUUUUUUUCCUCCUUAGUUUAAAGGAAUGGUAUUGGGGUUUGUCAGUGUAGUGCUUAUGUUCCUCUUAGUGAGUUUUAAGCAUUCAGAACUCCAAUGGAGUUGUUAUUCUGUCAAAGUCCCAUAGCAUGAGAGAAAAGCAGGAGUCUGCCUAGGAUGGGAUAUUUAUUGCCUGUAAACACUCCUUGUUACUCUGCAACAGUUUCCUCGAAGAGGAAGAGACUCUUACUCUUGUAAACAGCUCUCUGCUAAUCCACUUGCUGCCAGGGAGCAGUGAAGAUUUGUUUGCUUGAGCUUGUCCAGGCCUUGGUAAUUCAAAUGUACUUCACUCCUGGUUGUGAGGAGGCAAAAGGGUGGAAUUGUUCUAGGAUUUCAGUUUAAUGAUGUCCUUGUGCAUGAAGUAAUAAGCACAUCAGAACAUGGUGCACACCCUCCUUUGAGGACAGCUGUGUUGCAUGAGUUCAGUUAAACAGCCAUUAUGGUUUUUGAAUUGCUGUUUGACAUACUUGCUACUCUGGAAUUUGAGUCUGAUCAGAAUGGCACUAGGAAAGGGUUGGUUCUCCCACAAUUUUUCCGAGAUCUCUAAAGUUGCAAUUUAAACUGUCUCCCUCUUAAGGCCACAGAACAUAGAUGGGUAGAGAGACUGUAAAAUGCUGGCUAAAUUCAUGCUUCCCCUGCAAGUCACUGGGCAAAGUCCAAGUGGUAGAGAAAUUUGGCUGUUCUUGUCUAUAUGCAGAGCAUAAUUUCUCUUGUUUUUACCCCAUCGUCUCCUCCAUGAUUUUGACUUUGUGUGUGUAUGCUUGUUUAAAGUGAUACUUCCUAUUCCCUGUCUGAAAUAUUCAAUAUACAGGGGCUUAAAAAACCCCACAAACAAACAACAGACAAGCUGGUGCAAAAGAUCUGUGGAAUGCUAUUGUAAUCAUACAUGAUAUAAACAAGAAGCAAUGUUACAAGUUAUUUGAUAAAAUCCACUUGCAUUGUUUUUGUUGUUCUUUCCCAGAAGUCACCAAGUGAGAUAAUGGUUCUGUCAGCAGAUUCUCUGGAAAAUCUUGUUUUUCCAAAAGCUUAAAAGCUUUAGCAUUAGCAGAUUAUCCAGCUGAAAAUCUGCCUCCCCUUUGCUGCCAUCCUAUGGCAACUUGCUGCAGCAGACAUGCUGCAGUGUGAAGAUGCAGUGUGAAAUGCUGUCUUCAGAGGGUAGCAGAGGUUAUGUCUCUCUUCAGUGUUAAACAGAUUCUUCAUCCUUGUUCCAGCACUUCAUAACUGUUUUCCUCAGGGAAGGCCAUCAGGUUGGUUUAAUACAUCAUCCCUGGUGAGAUGUAUUGCAGCACUUCAUGUUGUUGCACCAUGAGUGAUAAGAUCAAGACACUGAUGGCUGGCUCCUGCUUUCUUUUCCAACUUGGUAUUAACUCCCUAGCAGGUGAUACCACCACUUGAAGCAGUAAUUGUAAGAAAUUAUAAGAACCAACCUAAUUCAGACAACAUUUGUGGGAAUUUCUGGCCCCUUUCUCUCCUACAAAAACAGGAUGUGAUCAGAAGUGCUUUGUGACCAUUGUCCAUUCAGUGGGACAGAAACUGCAUCCUCCCAGGUUGUUGAGCUGUUCAUCUAGUGUUUAUACUAUAUGUUAAAUCAUUAAAAAUGUAUCUGUGUUUCAAAA